GACAGCUCCGUCCUGCAGCGAGCGCUCAUAAGCUGUGGAAGAGUCCAGCUGCUCGGUCACAUCCACAUCACCGAGGAGAACAAUGGGAGUCGACGUCGAGACACUGAGACAUGGCGACGGGAGGACUUUCCCGCAGAGAGGACACCGGGUUGAAGUGCACUACGUCGGCACGCUGACCAACGGAAAGCAGUUCGACUCCUCCAGGGAUCGGGGAAAGCCCUUUGUUUUCAAACUGGGAAUGGGAGAAGUCAUUCGUGCUUGGGAUGAAGGUGUAGCUAGGAUGAGUAUUGGUGAAAUGGCGAGGUUGACCUGCUCGCCGGACUACGCGUAUGGCAGCGGUGGAUAUCCUCCCGUUAUCCCACCAAAUUCUCCUCUCAUCUUCGAAGUGGAGCUUCUGAGUUGUGGAUUUUAAAUGUUUAAGAUGGUGGUUUGAUCUCAGUUUGUUUUAUUGUUGUUUUUGCAUUCCACCCACAUCUGAGACAAAUAACUGUUUAAUUAAAGGUGCUGUAAGUCGCAUUUACAUUCAUGGAUAAAUCAUGUCAAAAGUAAUUUUCAUAUCAUUGAUAAUUGAGACAAUGUCUGGACAAAUGAUCAUGCUAAUGGUUAUGUUGAGAUUAAAGGAAUAAUCUAUUAUGGGAGACAUUCUUCUUUACAUUCGUUCAGUGAGGUAAUGAGAGGUGGCGGUGGUGCACCUUGCCAUUGGUUGCCACUUGCUUAUAAAACAAAUGAAGUGAUGUGAACAGAUAAUCGUUUUCAAUAUCAUUUCUGAAGCACAAUCAUGAACAUAUAUCUGGCUUAAAGCAUCUGAAAACCAAAGUGGUCUUAAGGGAAGUUUUGUGACUCACCAAACAGACAUUAGUACCAUUAGUCAUCUCCUGUGAUCUCUGACAGGAAGAUGUCUCCCACAAUGUUGACUUAUUCCUGUAAAACGUCCAAUGUUUUUAAACCGGCAGGAUUGAUUUGGCCUUCAUUCUUGUAUUUCCUGUAGAAUCUUUCACUUUGUCCUUUAGGUGUCACAUAGCACAAAUGUACUUGAGAGCAAAAAAUUAGAUGAGCUUCAGAAUCAGUGAUCCAGUGACACUUAACACGCGUUGGCAGAUUCCUGUCUUCUUAGCGAGCAUCUUAUCUGCUCCUAAGUAUUUAUUACAAAGUCUUAAAAAUUGUAAUGAUUUGUAAUGUCACAAUGCUAAUGUCACGCCUUUUAAUAAAAAGCUUAUUUGAUUUUA